GCGUAGUGCGCAUACGCAUCACAUAUUCGGCGUUCGCGUGUCGCAGCGAUCCAGCCACCACCACCACCGUGAUCUGGCAUCCAGUCGGCGGCGCGCGCUCACACCAGGAGCAGCUCCUCGACUUAACACACAGUGAACAGCCCUGCGACGCGGAUAAGAUGAGGGGCCACCUGCUGUUGUUGACCUUAAUGGUCGCUGUUAUUUGCUCCACUGAAGCGGUUCGUCGCCGGCACCGCCGCCUGCGCACGACCACGACGACGGAGCCGGCGAUGCUGGCGGCGGCGCGCCUGUUCCCGCCCGCGCACCGCGCUGACUCCGAGGCGGAGCACAUCGAGCUCGCUAUGGCUGAGAAGCUGGACGAGAAGCGCUUCCAGGAAUCGGAGAGAGCGCGCGUAAAUGAGUUAAAUAAUGAAAACUCAAAUGAAGAAAAUGACAACGAAGUCUUUAUGGAUGACCCAUGCCUGAAAGUGCACUGCAGCGCGGGGCGCGUGUGCGAGAUCGACGAGCACGGCGACGCCGUGUGCAACUGCAUCAAGGAGUGCCCCUACGAGACUGACUCUAGGCGGAAGGUGUGCACACAAAACAACGAGACGUGGUCAUCCGACUGCGAGGUGUACCGCCAGCGGUGCCUGUGUCUGGACAACUCGGAGCUGUGCAGGGGUCCCGAGUACCACCACGUCCAGAUCGAGUACUACGGCGCUUGCCGUGAGAUGCCGGAGUGCACAGAGGGCGAGAUGUCGGACUUCCCGCGGCGCAUGCGCGACUGGCUAUUCAACAUAAUGCGCGACAUGGCGGAGCGCCGCGAGCUCACGCCGCACUUCCUGCGCAUGGAGCGCGAGGCCGAGUCCAACCUCACGCGCCGCUGGACCAACGCCGCCAUCUGGAAGUGGUGCGACCUCGACACGCACGACAACGACCGGUUCGUGUCCCGGCACGAGCUGUUCCCGAUCCGCGCGCCGCUGAUGGCGCUGGAGCACUGCAUCGCGCCCUUCCUCGACCGCUGCGACGACGACAACGAUCACCGCAUCACGCUCGUCGAGUGGGGCAAGUGCUUGCAGCUCGACGAGUACGAGCUGGAAGACCGUUGCGACGAGUUGUCGGAGGACGCGCUUUGAGGGACCGCGGGCCGAUCCUCGACCACAACAUAAGUGUACAAAGCCUCGUCAUAAGCUGAAUGCCUCUAGUUUUACUCACCCUAGAAUACACUUAUUACAUUUACGUUCUAAGUUAAUAAUAAAUAAUACAUUUUUACAACUUGAAUAAAGAAAAUAAUGAACAAAGCGAUUUUUUUUGUGUUUCAUUUUAAUUAACGUUUCUAUUUCUGUAAUUUCAACAUCAAUUCA